CUUUAAGAGGCUCAGGAAGAGUGCGAGGACGUUUCAGAAGUUGUUCUGCAGCAGAACGCUGUAAACUCUCACUGGGACUCUGGAAUGUAGUCACUCAGGAGGAUGAUUUCAGACGUGACAGCUGUUUGCCCAGAGCUCCUGCUGGCUUGUCUGGUGAUUGUUCUGUCCAUUUGGUUCUGGAGAAGAAGAGCGCAGCCCACAAACCAUCAGCACUUUAAAGAUGCUAACAAGACACUGACACCUAUAACAGUGAACCAUCAGCAUCCAGAUCAUCCAGAAGUGUGUCCUACUUCAGUACAGAGAACUCCAACUCCCACUGUAGUUCAUCCUGAUGGCUGCACUGUUGUUGCGAGUGCUAAUAACAGCAGCACUGUAUGUACUCCUAUUCUCAAUAGCAACGUCAUCCAUGGCCAAUGUGUUUUCAACUUCAACACCAAUUCUGGAAAAGAACCUGGAGGAGCAGAUGCAGCAAAGAUACACUCAGGUGAAUCAAUCCUGAAGAAAUUCCUGGAGACUCACAAAGCCAGUAUGAAGAGGAAAACUGAGUGUAUUUUUGAGGGAAAGAAAGAUGCAAAAAAUAAAAUACAGCUAAAGAAGGUGUACACACAGCUCUUCAUCACAGAAGGAGAACUUAACAAAGUCAAUAAUGAACAUGAGACUCUAAAAAUUAUGAAAGACAAAGCAUUCAGGGUUCACAAAUCUCAGGAGACAGCAAUCAGCUGCAAUGAUAUUUUCAGUUUAGCACGGAAAAAUGAUGACCACAGUAAAACAGUGUUGACCAAAGGCAUUGCUGGCAUUGGAAAAACUGUAUCCGUUCAUAAGUUCAUUCUUGACUGGGCAGAGGGAGAGGCCAACCAGCACAUAGACUGCAUGUUCCUGCUUCCGUUCCGAGAGAUUAACUUAAUUAAAGAUUCAGAGUUCAGUCUUCAUGAAUUGUUGCUGGAAUUCCACCCCGAAUUGGAAGAAGUGAAAGAAGCCAAAAUGUAUGAAAAUCACAAGCUUGCAUUCAUUUUUGAUGGGCUUGAUGAAAGUCGACUUCUGUUGGAUUUCAGCAGCAGGAUGGUGACAAGUAUUCAUAAGACAGCAUCUGUGGAUUUGUUGAUAACGAACCUCAUUAAGGGAAAUUUGCUUCAAUCCUCAAUGAUCUGGAUAACCUCCCGACCUGCAGCAGCCCACCAAAUCCCUUCAGAGUAUGUGAGCAUGUUCACAGAAGUACGAGGGUUCACUGAUAAUCAGAAGGUAGAAUACUUCCAGAAGAGAAUACCAGAUGAAUCUCAAGCCUCAAAAGUCAUCUCCCAAAUUAAGGUCUCUCGAAGCCUCUACAUCAUGUGCCACAUUCCUGUCUUCUGCUGGAUCACGGCUACUGUACUUCAGGACAUGCUGGCCCAAAAUCAAGGAGAGAACAUUCCCAGCACACUAACUGAAAUGUACAUCCACUUCCUACUUAUACAGAUGAACAUGAAGAACCAGAAGUAUGACAAGAAAGUUGAGCGAGACGUGACGAAACUUAUGGAAUCAAACAAAGAACUGAUCCUGAAGUUAGCCAAGCUGGCAUUUGAACAGCUGAAAAAGGAAAACAUUAUGUUUUACGAAAGUGACCUGAGGGAGUGUGGUAUUGAUGUCACGGAAGACUCUGAAUAUACUGGAAUGUGUGCUGAGAUCUUCAAACAGGAGUCUGUUCUUCACGAGAAAAAGGUUUACUGCUUCAUACAUUUGAGUCUUCAAGAAUUCCUUGCUGCUCUCCAUGUGUUCUACUCUUACCUGAAGAGCAUGGAUGAUUUGCAGUUUUUCUUUGAUGAUGAACCUCCUGCUAACAUUCAGUUGGAUCUCUUACUGAAGAAGGCAAUUGACAAAGCCAUAGAGAGUGAGAAAGGGCAUUUAGAUCUUUUUCUGCGUUUUCUGCUGGGUAUCUCACUUGAGUCUAAUCAGAACCUCCUGGCAGGUCUGUUGCCACACACAGAGAACACCAAAAAGAGCAUUGGUAAAGUAACACAGCACAUCCGGCAAAUGCAAAACAAGGGCCCAGAUCUGUCACCUGAGAAAUCCAUCAAUCACUUCUUCUGCUUGGUUGAACUAAAAGACAGCUCUCUUUACAACCAGAUCAAGAAACGUCUGAGUGCAGAGGCACUUUCAGAUAAACAUCUCUCCUCAUCCAACUGUUCAGCUCUGGCCUACAUGCUCUUGAUGUCUGAGGACAUGCUGGAUGAACUCAAUCCAAAGAACUACAACACAUCAAAUGCAGCUUGCAGGAGACUGAUCCCAGCUGUGAGAUGCUGCAGAAAAGCCUUGUUUGCUGGCUGUGAACUUACUGAGAGUUGCUGUGAAUGUAUAUCUGCAGCUUUGCAAUCAGAAAACUGCCCCCUGAGAGAGCUGGACCUGAGUGAUAACUACAGACUUGAAACAGCAGCAAAGCUGCUUUCUGAUGGACUCAAGAGCUCAUUUUGUAACCUGGAAAUACUAAGGUUAGCCAGAUGUUAUUUCAUCCAUAACAGCUGUGCAGAACUGGUCUCUGCCCUCAGCUCAAUUUCAUCCUCUCUGAAAGAGCUGGACCUCAGUAACAAUGACCUGCAAGAUACAGGAGUGAAUGAACUCCUUCUCGGGCUAGGAAAUUCAUACUGUAAACUACAAAUCCUGAGGCUGGGCUGGUGUAACCUCAGUGAGAAGAGCUGCAAGUUCCUCUCCUCAUUUCUUAACAAUAGCACAGAGUCAAAUCUAAGAGAGCUGGACCUGAGUAACAAUGACUUGCAGAACGCAGGAAUAAAACUGCUCUCUGCUGGACUGGAGGAUUCAAAGUGUAGACUGGAGAUACUGAGGUUAUCUGGUUGUAUGAUCACAGAGGAAGGAUGUUCUUUUCUAGCCACAGCUCUGAAUUCUAACCCCUCCCACAUGAGAGAGCUGGAUCUCAGCUAUAAUCACCCAGGAGGGUCAGGAGAGAACCUGCUGUCUGCUAGAGUGGAGGACCCACACUAUAAACUUUUAUUAAGGAUGGACCCAAAAGGUGAACACUUUAUCAAACCAGGGGUCAAAAAAUAUGCCUGUAGGCUCACAUUGGAUCCAAACACAGCACACAAACAACUCUGUCUAUCUGAGGAUAACAGGAAAGUGACACAUGUGGACGAGAACCAAGAUUUUCCAGAUCAUCCAGAGAGGUUUGAAGAAUUUCCACAAGUGCUGUGUGAGGAGGGUCUGUCCGAUCGCUGUUAUUGGGAGGUCGAGUUCAAAGAUUCAAGCCCUGAAAUAGGCGUGACCUAUCAUGAAAUAUUAAGGAAAGAUGAAGAUGACAUUGCUUGGCAGGCAGCCACAAUUCAGCUUGGCAUGAAUGUAUUGUCUUGGAGUCUCGGCUACAGUUCAUCUGGCUACCAUGCCCGUCACAAUUCAGAGUACACAGACAUACGUGCUUCUGUUUCAAGGUCAGGCAGAAUAGGCGUGUUUCUGGACUGGCCAGCUGGUGUCCUGUCUUUCUACAGCGUCUCUUCUGAUACUCAAACACUGUCCCGACUACACACGUUCCAAACUACCUUUAAGAAGCCUCUGUAUCCUGGCUUCUGUGUGGAAUCCGGCUCAUUGUUUUUAUGUCAGGUGGAGUAAUUACAGUGAUUGCAAGGUAAUCCAAGACCUGUAUUAUCAUCUAGAUUAUUCUUUCCUUUUUCUAACAAAAUGAACAGCUUUAAUGUUUAACAUGCAGACUCUGUUCAAACACGGAAAUCGUUUCAGAAAGAACUAUUUCUUCAUUUUUGUAUCUUUUAUACAUUUUAAAAUUGGAAUCAUUUUAAAUUUGAAUGAUUUUCCCAUAGAUUUGGAUGGUGGAAUCUUGAGAACAUCUGAACUCCAGCUGCCACAGUUGAUGACCAUAUUUGAAAUUUCAGGCAAUAUAUCCUUACAUUGUAAAUAUCUUAGCUUUUUUGUUAAUUUAUAAUUCCUUAUUUUGUUAUUCUUUGUGAAGGACUGUCACGAUUGGCCCCUCCCAGUCCUGUCCAUUUGUUUUGGUUUAGCCCAUGUGUAUUUGUUUUAAAUAUAAUAAUAAUAAUAAUAAUAAUAAUAAUAAUAAUAAUAAUAUUUGACAUAGAGAGAUGGAGAAAGUGAGAGAGAGCAAAGAAGAACUUACAUUUUUUGACCCCUGGUUUGAUAAAGUGUUCACCUUUUGGGUCCAUCCUGAAACAAAGCAUUAUAGAGCAUAGUGUUUUUCCAGUCCUGUCCCUCAUUUUCCCUUUGUUACUUAAGCCCUGUGUUUACACUUUGUCUUUGCUGGUUUUUGUAUCAGUAUUUGUUUGAUGUAUUGGUCUGAGGUGCUUUGUUUCUAUCUCUGUCUGUGUAGUUUAUUUCAUGUCUGCCCCACGAUCUCUCCGUAUUGGCUCUUUGACCCUGGACUGUUUUGACCAUGACCCUGGAUUUGCCCUCAAUAAAAUCACUUACCUCAGCGCAUGUGUCCGCUACCUCGCUCCUCGUUACCAGGACAAUGUUUAUAUUUUUUUAUCUUAAAUUAUGUUUAGGUUUAAUAUAUAAUGCCUAUAUAGUUAAGUAACAAACUGUAAAAAAAAACCUUAAGUACUUAACAAAGUUAAUUACCUGCUUGUUAAUUCUGUUCUUGUUACUUCUCUUUUUUCAUUGCUGUCCCUUUGCUGCUGUAACACUGAGAAUUUCCCCAUUGUUGGACUAAUAUCUUGUCUUUAUCGUUAUCACAAUGAAUUGUGUCACAAUAUGCCACAAUGCUUUUCUGAGUAUCCCUGUUACAUGUUUGAUUACAAAAGGAGCCUAGCUAGGCCAGUUUAUUUAGAUUUAGAGCAAUACAGUGUGUAAAAUUUUUAAUACAAAUCAUUGUAUUUACAGUUUUUGAUAGUAAUUUCCAGUGUCACUACUUUCUCUGUUCCAUCAUUUUGUACAAAAUGUUGCAGUUGUCAGAUUUAAAUGUGAAAAAGUAAACGUUUACAUGCUAGUUUGGUAUUUCAAAAUACCAAAGCAUUUCAAACAGUUAAGUUUCCGUGGUGCUUGACAGAAGCCUAGUCAAAAGUGGGUUCAUCCUUAGUGAAGGUUACUGCAGCAGUAUAGGAAGAAUGUUCUUUUAUCAGGAGAAAAAGAACUCAUAAUAGUACUGUCUGGAGUGCCUAAGAGUGGGACAAACUGAGAGAGAUGAACAUAUACAGUUCGCCAGAUGAAACAAGUAAGCUC